UCUUCAGAUGAAGGGAUGUGGGACUCGUUUGUCAGGCUCCUCCCCCCCAGCAGUAGGUCAGUAACCGUGGAGAUGGACCGUCUGAGGUCAGGGGUCGGAUAUGAGUUCCGUGUCAUCGCUGUCAAUCGCUACGGUUAUGGAGAACCUAGCACGCCGUCCACCGCGCUCGCUGCGCUGUGGGACCGUCCCUUCUAUGAGGAGUGGUGGUUCCUGUUGGUCCUGUCUCUGAUUGGUCUGAUCAUGAUCCUCAUGUUGGUGUUCAGCCUCCUGCUGCACGGACACAACCACAAGUACAGGAGCUGCAGCACAGGAAAGCAUGUGUCUACGGUGGAGGAGUCCGUAACCCUGGACAACGGAGGAUUCACAGCUCUGGAACUCAACAGCAGAACUCUGAACAACAAGAGCACCUUCCACAAGAAGAAUGGAACUAGGUCCCCUCCCAGGCCCAGUCCAGGCCUCCUCCACUACUCUGAUGAAGACCUGUGUGAUAACUACAACAAUGGAGCCAUCCUCACAGAGAGCACCACACUCACAGAGAAACCUGCUGACAUCUCAGAAUCUGAGGUACGCUCACAGAGAAACCUGCUGACAUCUCAGAGUCUGAG